AGGAAAACUUAUACUGAUUUUAUCUUCCCAUCUUAUCUAGUCCCGUCGGAGGCGCCACUUGGCGUUCAAUGUAACCACAACGGCUCGACAAGUCUGAGAAUAGAAUGGUCAAUUUUACCCGUGGUGAAAGCACAUGGCAUAGUCAGAACGUAUGUGAUAUUCCUGGAACGAAGCGAUGGUCGUCACGUGGAACUCUACAAUGAUACACAACCUUAUACUUCAUUUACUACAAUUUUUCUUGGCUUGGAUGAGAACGUGGAGUACAGCGUGCAAACUCUUGCAACAACUAUCAAGGGCGAAGGACCGAAGAGUGAUCCGAUCACGUGUGUGACAGAUGAGGAUGGUAAGUGUGGUAAUGUUGUUGUGGUUAGUGUGUGUGUCUUUCAUCUCUGUGGCCACGAUUCAAUUCCUCUAAUAUGUUCAUAGCUUUACCUCAGUCGCAUGUGAGAAGAGUGCUUCCAGUUUGACACUAUCAAAUACCCCAAGUCUCUGGGUAUUUCGGUUUCGUCUUAUGGUAACUCUUGGCCAUUAAGGCCUUUACUGUACUUCUAGGGAGAACAGUUUAGAACUGAUAGAGCUAUCCAGUAUACAUAAAGUUAGUUUAGGUUUCUUCCUGUAGUAACACUGGAUCAAUAAGAGAUGAUCCUUACUGGACCUCUAGGAAAAACAGUUUAGAAAUGAUAGAGCUAUUCAGUAUAAAUAAAGUUAGUUUAGUUUGGGUUUCCUCUUGUAGUAACAGUGGAUCAAUAAGAGAUGAUCUUUACUGGACCUCUAGGAAGAACAGUUUAGAACUGAUAGAGCUACCCAGUAUACAUAAAGUUAGUUUAGUUUAGGUUUCCUCCUGUAGUAACACUGGAUCAAUAAGAGAUGAUCCUUACUGGACCUCUAGGAAGAACAGUUUAGAACUGAUAGAGCUAUCCAGUAUACAUAAAGUUAGUUUAGUUUAGGUUUCAUCCUGUAGUAACACUGGAUCAAUAAGAGAUGAUCCUUACUGGACCUCUAGAAACAACAGUUUAGAACCGAUAGAGCUAUCCAGUAUAAAUAAAGUUAGUUUAGUUUGGGUUUCCUCUUGUAGUAACACUGGAUCAAUAAGAGAUGAUCUUUACUGGACCUCUAGGAAGAACAGUUUAGAACUGAUGGAGCUAUCCAGUAUACAUAAAGUUAGUUUAGUUUAGGUUUCCUCCUGUAGUAACACUGGAUCAAUAAGAGAUGAUCCUUACUGGACCUCUAGAAAGAACAGUUUAAAACUGAUAGAGCUAUCUAGUAUAAAUAAAGUUAGUUUAGUUUAGUUUAGUUUAGUUUCCUCCUGUACCUCUAGGAGUUAGUUUAGAACUGAUUGAGUAAGCCAGCAUUUUAAGGUCAGAUUAAGGUUUCGAGAAUUUAUUUUAUUUCCAUUCCCCCACAGUUCCUCAUGGUACGCCACAAGGUCUUUAUGGCUUUAACACGAGCGACACGACCAUUCAAAUUUUCUGGGAAGAAGUUCCUUUUGACGACCAAAAUGGCAUUAUCACUGGCUACACUAUAUUAUUUAAUACCACACUAAGAAAUGGACAUAUAAACCAUCGCAAAAAACGUGUUGGGAGAAGCGUUCUGCAGACAGAGCUGACCAAUUUGUUGCCUUUCCAGUAUUAUGAUAUUCAGGUAGCCGCGUGGACCUCCAAGGGCAUGGGCCCGAAAUGUGAUGUCGUUACCAUUCUGACGGAAGAAGAAUGUAUGUUUUUGUUGGAUUGGACGUUUAUUUCAUUGUUGAGUUGUUUUUUUCCACGGAAAACUUACCAAUGGACAAAUUUGACUAGCGUUUGUUUAUGCCCGAUUUACGGCUUUAGAUAACUUACAUGUCUAGUAACUAAAAAAUUUAUAUAUUUUUUUAUAUAUAAAAGCUGGUCUACAGUCACGCGUUUUUCAUACGCACGGAAAAGUUUAAAUCUUUUAAAUGUUACUUAUGAAAAAACUGGAUGAAUAAAAGGAAAGCAUAUAGUUUUGUGAAUGAUUUAAUGCACAUUUGUACAGGUAAUUCAUACUAGUGUUAAAUUUAAAAAGAUUUAAACUUUUUCGUGCGUGUACGCACGUAUGAAAAACGCGUGACUGCAGUGCAGCCUUUAGUCUUUUGCUAUAAGGUUGUUGAGCUGAACUGACUUGUUACAAGUUCUUCCAACAACUUGUCAUCGUCCUGCAAUUCAACAAUUUGUCAACAAGUUGUGAGUGACAACCUUGUAGCAACUUGAUAAAAUAACAGCAUUGUUACAACUUGUUGACAAGCUUGCUACAAGCCUGUUGCAAACACAUCUUGUUGACAAGUUGUGAGAAUUUUACGUGUGUAUAAUGACAUCAUUUUCUCACUCUGAUAACAGGAGAUUGACCACCAUCUGCUACACAUAGUGUUUAGUGAAACAGCUCAACAGCUGGCCUCUGUAGCUCAGUUGGUUAGAGCGCUGCACCGGAAUCGCAGGGCCGUAGGUUCAAUUCCUACCAGAGGACCUUGUGCUGCAUUUUUCGCAGUCGUUCCUGGUUAGGUCUUAAAAUGUAUAUAUUCUCACUUGGAUGCCAAACCCUAACAUUCUAAUUUUAGUGAAACCCAGCUGUAGCUGCAAUUAUCUUUUUCUAGAUCCCAAAAUUCCCCCAAGUGAUGUAACAGCCUUUAACACGAGUUCUACGUCAAUACGUCUGACAUGGAGGCCCAUCCCCCCAGAGCAAGUGGGCGGCAUUCUACGAGGGUACAAAAUAUUCUGGCAGGAAGUCGACUACCUGGGCAAUGUGAUUCUGCGAAAUGAAACACGGCUGGACAGCGCCUCUUACGAUUUCUUAGAUUUUACUGGCCUCACAAAGUUUCAAGAAUAUAGAUUUAGUAUUUUGGCUUUCACGAAAUUUGAUGGUGUGCUCAGUCCUAAUGUCUCUACAAUGACAGACCAAGAUAGUAAGCCUUCUAUUUGUUAAUUUAUUCAUCUAUUCAUCUUUUCAUUUGUUCAUUUAUUCCACUCUUUGUUUUGACAUAUUUGUGACGUUUGGCAGAAUAAUAAAUAUUGUUAUUCAAAGUUUAUUUAGAGGCAAUUUAUAUCGCGUAUUUGCGAUGAAAAGUGUUCAAAACCUAAAGUCGUUCUGGCGUUCCUCUCAAACUUACUUUAUUUUAGCUUUAUUUGUUAGUUUAUACAAUUAAUAAGCUUUUUAAAUGUGUCUGGCGGUUCAGAAACACAAAGUAUGCUUACUGUAAAUAUACAAUUAUCAUUGUCAUUGAUGCUGUAAAUUAACGCCAUAUUUGUGCAGCAAUAUAAGCGAAACUUAUACUGAACUUCAGACAUCAUUUUUCUUUGACGUACUAUCUAAAACAUCUUCACUUUAGCAUAAUUUUACAGAUAAAGCACUAAACAUACUUUUUAAGUUUAUUUGCCGCUUGAGAAACGUAUAACAAAUUUAAAGAAUGUAGUCAUAACAAGUGGAAAAAUAUAUUUCAUUAGUUUUGAGCUCGUGUUACGUAACAUACAAAAGAUUCUUCUCUUAAUCAAUUUUUUUAAAUCUUAUUUACAGUCUCUACCCUUUCUCCAACAAACUGUUCUGGUGUGAACAUAAGCAAAAACGCGAUUCGUGUUUCCUGGGAUGUGGUACCACGCGCAGACCGCAACGGAAUAAUCCUGGGCUACAACAUCUACACAACCGAAGCGUUCAAUUAUUUUGCCACAAUGCCGUCAGACUAUAUCGCUCCUCAAAAAAGCACAGUUAUAAAUACGACGGAUGAAGCGGCCAGAUCAUUUAUUCAACUUGAUCUGGUACCGUAUACGGAUUAUUCAUUUCAAAUUGAUGCGUUUACUUCGAAAGGAAAAGGUCCAAAUUGCACUUCGUUCAUUGUACGCACGGAAGAGGAAGGUAUCCACAGUUUUAUUUCGUAAGGAACCGGUCAUUAUUUAUGGUGGACAGUAGCACUGAAGACAAAUGUUUUUCUUGAUAAAAAUUUUGCUGAUCCAACUAUUAAAAAGUCACAAAUUUUUUACCCAACCUCAAAUAUCAAUUCAAAAAUAAAUACCCACCCCUGGCCAAAAACUUUACAAAAGGAUACCAUUCAGUUGUCACACAUGUCCUUUACCACUUCUGUGACAUGAGUUUGAUAACUGCUUGUGCAAUUUUCUGCAGUCUAAAGUUUCAUGUUGUCUGCACAUGUACUUUCUUUGGAGACAACAUUUGCUUCCUGACCAAUCGGAAAAUGAUCAAGAUAGUGACUCUGAUUGAUUUACGUAUUGUAUUGACAUAUGGCUGUUGACAUUGCUUUCUAGUCUUCAAUAUUUGAGUGAGUCAUGCUUUGGAAAUGACAAUAAAUUUUUAUUACCCAACCCUUGAGUUGUUUUGUUUUUCAUUUACCCCCAACCUUUUACUCAUUCAAAAUUUUGUUUACCCAACCUUUUUCUCUUCGGUGCCACCCCCCACCAUAAAUAAUGAGCGGUCCUAUUUGCUGAUUUCUUCACUAGUAAGCCCAAGGAUACAAUCUCUUCUCCAUUGUUUAUUUCAGCACCACUCUAUUCUCCUGGUAAUGUCUUGCUACGCAACACCAGCUCUACGUCAAUCGAAGUCACGUGGCAUGGUCUCGAUCAAGACGUUAUUCGUGGUAUCUUUUAUGGAUUUAAAAUUUGGUUCACUGCUUAUCCUGAAUUUCCUUCAUCCUAUCUCAGAUACGGUAUAAAAAUAAUCGUUGUUUUCAUUUCAAUUUAUUUAUACUGUAUAGAUUCAUAAGUUACACCAGAGUAAUAAGAGAUGAUCCUUACUGGAUCUCUAGGAAGAACAGUUUAGAACUGAUAGAGAUGUCUAGUAUAAAUAAAGUUAGUUUAGUUUAGGUUUCCUCCUGUAGUAACACUGGAUCAAUAAGAGAUGAUUCUUACUGGACCUCAAGGAAGAACAGUUUAGAACUGAUAGAGCUAUCCAGUAUAAAUACAAUUAGUUUAAGUUCUUUGUACGUUUGCAUGGCAAUAAAACAUAUAAUAGUUUUGUUUGUGGAAACACCACGUAAAUUAAUGACAAUUUACGUGGUGUUUCCACAAACAAAACUAUUAUAAAAUUAGUUUAGUUUAGGUUUCCUCCUGUAGUAACACUGGAUUAAUAAGAGACGAUCCUUACUGGAUCUCUAGGAAGAAGAGUUUAGAACUGAUAGAGAUGUCUAGUAUAAAUAAAGUUAGUUUAGUUUAGGUUUCCUCCUGUAGUAACACUGGAUUAAUAAGAGACGAUCCUUACUGGAUCUCUAGGAAGAAGAGUUUAGAACUGAUAGAGAUGUCUAGUAUAAAUAAAGUUAGUUUAGUUUAGGUUUCCUCCUGUAGUAACACUGGAUCAAUAAGAGGUGAUUCUUACUGGACCUCUAGCGAGAACAGUUUAGAACUGAUAGAGCUAUCCAGUAUAAAUAAAGUUAGUUUAGUUUAGGGUUCCUCCUGUAUAGUUCAGGAACUGGAUCAAUAAGAGAUGAUUCUUACUGGACCUCGUUUAGUUUAGGGUUCCUCCUGUAUAGUUCAGGAGAAUAGUUCAGAACUGAUAGAGCUAUGCAGUAUAAAUAAAGUUAGUUUAGUUUAGGUUUCCUCCUGUAGUAGCACUGGAUCAAUAAGAGAUGAUUCUUACUGGACCUCUAGGAAGAACAGUUUAGAACUGAUAGAGCUAUCCAGUAUAAAUAAAGUUAGUUUAGUUUAGAAAUUUUAAAAAUAGAAAAGAUAGAAGUAAUCGCAAACCAUUAUUUAUUCAUGUAUAGGAACUGAGGCAAAAAGAAAACGUCGUGCGGUGUUCACAUUGGAUAAACAAGUAACUACAGCUGGAGUAACAGAUGAAACCAUUGAAAUAACUGCUUUAGCGAAAUACACCAACUAUACAAUACAAGUGAUUGGUUAUACGAAAUUCCUGGGUGCUCAGAGUGAGAUCGUGAGAAUUAUUACUGAUGAAGAUAGUAAGUCAAUAUUUUUAUAUUUCUACUUUGCACCUUCUUCAGUUAAGAUUAACAUUUCUACAGCACAAUUGCGCUUUACAUCAAGUAUUAUACGCUUACCUAAUUACAUACUUAGCCUAGACUAUUUUAUCUUUACAACAACUUUCCUAACUGUGUUUAUCCUAAGCCACCCUGUCAACUUUUCCUGUGGGAGGAAACCAGAGCACCCGGAGAAAACCCACGACUUUCGGCUACAAGUUGUUCCAACAAGAUUAAUACAGACUGUUUGUUGUUGUCAUCAAAUUCUUAACGACUUGUUACAUGCAGACGAUAUCAGACUUGUUGGAACAACUUGUUGCGAGUCUGUUGCCGUCAUGAUGAUAACAAAAAGAUAACAACUUGUUCCAGACUUGUCAACAACUGGGAACAAGCAAUGCAAACUACCAACUUUCAUUAAUUCUCGUCAACUUUGAACUGGUUCAAAUUUUGAUGAGAAUUGAUGAGAGUUGAGAAAACUCUCAUGCAAACUCUCGCUUCUCAACUCUCAUAAACUUUCAUGUAAACUCUUUAGAUUGUUUGUUUAAUAAGAUUAACACAUAGCAGCCAAGAGGCUGAAUUGCGUGCUAAAUUUUACAAGAGAAAUGAUUAAAUUAGUUAUUCUAUAUUUACAGAAGUUUAAAAUUACAUUACAAUUUAUAAUUCUAUAUUACAGAAGUUUAAAGUUACAUUACAAAUUAGCUAUGAAACUAGUAAAUUUCUAAAAAAAUGUUAGCCAGUCUAAAACUGAAUAUCAGAAUCGAUUGUCAGUUAAUAUUAUUGAUAUGCCUUGCAGAUGAAGGGAAAAAACUGUUUCUAAAUCUGUUCGUUUUGGUCUGAGGAACAACAAAAGACCUUGAGUGUCUAAGGUCGUAAUUUGGAAAGUAUCUAGAUGGUACAUGAUUAUGCAUAUUAGCUACUGGUGUUGUGGUGAUUUCAUUAAACAGUUUCUCGCAUGCAUCCACACGCCUGUCACUUAAUGGUUUGAUGCCCGAUUUUUGUAAACAAUCCGCAUAACCUGUCAGUGGAUAGAUGAUUGAUAAAACACGCUUUUGAACCCGUUCCAGGGCAUUAGAUAAGUAGGAAGGAAGGGCGAAGUGGAAAACUUGACAGCUGAAUUCCAUGACUGGUCUGACGCAGGUAGUGUAAAAAUUUAUUAUGUCAGCUUCAGGUACAUGAGCACGUUUCAACUGAAUAAUAAAAUAAAUCCGUUUGUUCGCCUUCUUAACUAUGUUAGUUAUGUGUUGGUUCCAUUUUAGAUCUUUAGAAAUUGUCAAACCUAGGAUUCUUGCGUGGUUCACUGUCUCGAUUUGGCCUGAGAUGAUCUUAAGGCGCGGAAAUUCUUUCUCAGGUUUUGUAAAACUGAUAACAAGUUCCUUGCACUUGGAGGCAUUUAAUUGCAUCUUGUUUUCUACAGACCAAUUUUGAACACAAUCGACUGUAUCUUGAAUUUUACUGGGUGUGUUGAUGUAAAUGAUUUCAGAUACCGUAGCAUCAUCGAUGUAUUUCCAUCGCUCAUGAUGUGGGGGGCGUAGGUCAUUUAUCAUUAGGAUGAAUAACCAAGGUCCCAAUUUGGUUCCUUGAGGGACACCGGAAGGAAUGUCAAUCCAUUCAGACAUACAGUCUCUUGCAAGUUUCACCCGUUGUUGCCUGUUCAUCAGAAAGUCAAUUACCCACCGCUUAAUGAAAUUUGGCAUUGGCAAUUGGAUGAUUUUCGUGGCUAAGAUCUUAUGAUCAAUCAAGUCGAAGGCCUUCUUAUAGUCAAAAAGAACCACUCUUACAGCGUUUCCAGUUCCAUCUGUGGCUUGAGUCCACGCAUGAACCAUAGAAAUUAAGGCUUUUGUAGCAGAUGAUCGAGGGAUGCCACCAAAUUGAAAAGGAUCAAUUGACGACAACACUGCUGGAGCGAUAUAUUUUUCAACAACAAACUCUUCUGCAAGUUUAGACAGAACCGGAGUUAACGAAAUAGGUCGGAGCUGUUUGCUUAUGUCUUUAACAGGUUUCUCUUUCGGAAUAGGUGUAAUGUUAGCUUGUUUCCAGCAUGAGGGCAGUCUUUUUUGCUUGUAGGACGAAUUCAAUAAGUCCGAUACAGAGGGAGCAAGGAUUUCGGCAUAAUCACGAAGAAUCCAAUUGGGGAUAUCAUCAGGGCCCGGAGCUUUAUGCGGGUUCAAGCUUUUCAGUUUUUUCAAGACCGAUGCAGUAUUUGUCAAAUUCAUGUUUACAUCUAACGGAUAAUCAGGAAUCUCCUCAAACAAGGUGUUCAAAUCUGUAACAUUUAAGGGAUCAUAAGUAUUCAUUGGUUCUAUUAGGCUUUUGUUAAUUAAAUCUGCAAAACCUUUGUGUGUUAAAUGUUCUGUAUCUUCGACAUGAAGUUGGUUAAGCAAACUGCCAGAUACAGGUCUCAUACCGGAGAUACGUUUAACCUCUGUCCACCAAGAUUUGGGGUUAGACUUUUUCAGAUUAGCAACUUUUGAAGCAAAAUAGUCUGCCCGGCAAGAUUUUCUCAUUCUAUUCACUUUAUUUCGGUAGAAUUUGAAAAGAGUAGUGUUAUUAGAUGAAAACGCACGUUGUCGAAACUUGAUCAGCUGUUUCAAUUUUUCGGUUAUCCAUGGGUUGUCGUUGCGAUGGAAUUUAACGUGUUUCUCAGGCAUAAGGAUGUCAUAACCCGUCUUUAUUGCGGAGCAUAAGAUAUCACAAUUCUUAUCGCACGGUUCGGAGGAAUCGAUAAGUUGCCAGUCAAAGUUACUCAGAUAUCGACCAAGUUCUUUUUUGCGAAAUGUCUCUUUUUAUUACUGUCUUUCUACUUGUGGUUUCUGAUGAUGUUUUAACUUUGGGCUCAAUCAUUAUCACAUUAUGGUCUGAUAAUCCGAAAGGAGGGAAAACCAUGGCUGGUUGUACAUCGUAAAAUUUAUGCAUGUUUGUAAGUAUAAGAUCCAAAAUCUUGGCACCACGAGUUGGUUUAUCAACCAAUUGUUUUAACUUAAAAUCUCGGCAAAGAUCUUUAGUGUCAAAGUGGUUAAAAUCACCAGCAAUAAUAAUUCCACAGCCUGGAAAAAGACUUUCCAGUAGUGUCAGUGAGUCUGAUAGGUAUUGAAAAAGAUCUGUAUUGCUGGAACUUGGAGGAUGGUAGACGCACGCAGAAACAAUACCGUUAAUUCCCCUUGGUAAUCUUGGUGGUCUAAUGUGUGUCCAUAAAACCUCAAAGUCUAAAUGUUCAAUUUCAGGUAAUCGUUUGAAACGGAUGGAAUUCUUUAUGUACAUGCAGAUACCACCGUGGAUACCAGGACUACGAUCCCGCUUCACGAGGUGGUAAUCAAAUAAAGUCGCGUGGGUGUCACAAACGGACUCUCGCAGCCAAGUUUCAGUUAUAAAACCCAAAUCAAAACUUUGUGCAGAGGUCAAAAUACGUAGCUCGUCAAGCUUAGGAACUAGAGACAUCACAUAUAUUUAUUAUAUAUUUAUUAUUCAGCAAACUAGCAAAGCCUUUGCUCCGCAAGCCCGCGGAUCUAUAUAGUCUGAUCUAGAUUCUAAUCGAAAAAAUCUAAUAGAAACGUCGAUUACACAAUAUUGAAUAUGUUUACCCUUUUCGGAGUAAUUAGUAUACAGUAUACUGUUUUGUACUUUGCUAUUCUAAAUCAACAAUGUACAGUAUUUAUCUUUAAUGGAAUUUAUGACGCCAUCUGCCUGUGUAGUAAAUGUCAAAAUAUUUAACAGCAAUUAUCGCACUGACCACUGCAUGUAUAUACUUUCUAGCUAAAAUUCUAGCAGAGGACGUUUGUGAAAACAAUGGCACACCGUUAACUGGAACUCAUCAGAAAUGUGAUUGCCCAACUGGAUUUAAAGGAUUCGACUGUGGUGAAAAAGGUGACUUUGAAUCAGAUCAAUUUAUUGAGAACUUUUAAAGAAUAAAGUCCAUUAUAUAUGCACUCGUAACUUGCACUAAGAAUCUAAUACCACAUGCACGCAAACUAGCCCACAUAUACAAGUAUUAAUAAUUGUUAUUUUAUCAAUACAUCCAGUUACUGUGUGUGAAGGAAAUCCUUGCAGAAACUCUGCAGUGUUUGUGGACAAUGAUGAUGGUACAUUCACGUGCAAAUGUCAACUCAACUACGAAGGAAUUCUGUGCGAGAAAAAGGGUAAAGUUAAUGACUAUAUGUCUAUAAUUCUAUAAUAUAAUAAUCCGCAAAAUGCUGCUAUCAUUGCUGGCUAGAUUAUGUCCAGAAAUGUGAUUGCUUAAAUCUUCCAUAGCAAAAUAUUUUCUGAUAACCGCGUUGUGUUUUUCAGUUCGUCCAUGUGACAGGCAGCCAUGUAAAAAUAAAGGCAAUUGUUCAGAUGAUGGUGUAAAAUGUUUCAAAUGUGAAUGUCCUGAUGGAUUCAAAGGAUUUGAUUGUUCUAGAAAGGUACAAUUAUAUUAUUAUCAUUUAUAUGAAUGUUAUAUAAUGAUAAUAAUAGAGUAUAUUAUUCUUUUAUGGUAUGUUGAUGGCAUGCUUGUGUUCCACAAACCCAAACUUACCUUAUUAUUCGCCAUGCAUGCAUGCAAAAAUACAAUCAACUUAAUAAUAGAGUAAUUCACACAAAAUUAAAAGAAUAUAGUGACCAGUGAACUUCGCAAUGUAUAUCAGUAUUUGCACUGAAAUGCUGAUACAUAUAUUGGGAGGCUCUUGUGCAUGUAGCUAUAUAUGUUUGUGAAUGUAAAUAACAACAAAUAUCAGCAUUCCACAAUGAAACUCCAAGUAGAGUAAUUCAAAAUCAACUUAAACCAAAAAUUAGUAAUAGUUCUUAGUUCACUCGGCGGUGCAUACUUACUAGUCAGUACGCUUCGAGUAUUUGACUAUGAAAAGACUAUUCGGAAAUUAAUACCUAAAAGAAUCGAUCCUCAUAUAUUUUUAGUCGUCGUUUUUAUGAAGCAAUAAAUUAAUCAAAUUAAUAUUUUAUUUUUAUAUAGUUCUACCAUGUGAAGUAUCCCCCUGCCAAAAUGGAGGUGUUUGUUCGAACGAAGAAGAUGGAAGUUUCAAAUGUACCUGUACAACUGGUUUUACAGGUUUGGUGUGUACUAGGAAAGGUAAUUGUCUAUGUUAACUUUACAAAUAACAAGUAGUAGUGUGGACACCGAUUUAGCUUUCUCCUCCGCAGAGCCUCCUUUUAAUACUUAAAAGUAUUUACAAAUAACUUGCAUGAAGUUCCCUGAAUAAAAGUGAGCGCGCGCGGUGUGAUGGGAAGAUUGAAAUGAAGCCGAGAAGGCUCUGCCACAUAAUGCUAAAAGGUAUGGUUUUUGAACCAAACUUUUGUUUGACACUUUUUUAAACUUGAAAUGGCAUGGAUGGAAAUAUGGAAGAAAUUUAAAUGUUCAUAAUCUGAGUAUCGAAGGUCGGUGAAGUCAUUUUUAUAACGAAAUGGUUGCAAUUUAGAGGAUAUUUCCAUUUAUAUUAACUUGCAAUUUCUCAAUAUAUUUCUGUGCAAAUGAAAGAAAAUAUUGAUAUUCGAUUCAUUCCAUUAGACUUGAGUACGCCUGAAAAGGAAAGCGGAAAACCUGUUUUAACACCCUCGAAGGUUGAUAUCGAACUGAGCUCCAAACGAUUAUACGACGCCAUAUUGAUUGCAUUAACUAGCAGAGGCUUCCUUUAGUUCGCUCUUCCCAUCUCUCCUUCUGCGCUCACUUUUCCCUCGCUGGAAACUUCACGUAAGCCUCUGCGGAGAAGAGACCCGAUUUUACCUACACUCGUUAUUAAUUACACUUAAAUUCCUCGUCAAUCAUGCAGAGAUCAUCACGGGCCCGUCUGCGCUUGUCUGCCAUAGACAGCUUUGUCCUUUUUUAAUUAAAGCAAAUCACGUGUAGUUCACAACAAUCUAUAGCUAUUUUAACUAUAUCUAGUUAUCUAACAUACUAAAUUUCAUUUCACAUAUAUAGAGACUCUAUUCGCUUCUACUGUACUGGAAGGUAACAGCGAGUGGAUUGAUCAACUUCAGCAAUGGCUGCCGUCACAGCUACAGGAGAAGAAAAUGAAACUUUGCUACAGAGCUUCAGAUAAUGGUUGGGCAUCCAGCACUUUCCACCAGUUCUGCGAUAACAAAGGACCCACCGUUGUUUUGGUGAAAGUUGGAAAGUAUGUUUUCGGUGGAUAUGCUGCUGCAGCAUGGGGAGGUAAGUCCUAAUCAUCCAAAACAUUGAUAUCUUAAUUUACGACCCUUUUCUAGUAUCCAAAUUGUAUGUUCGUGUAUUUGGAAGUUUCCUACAACAAAUUAUUGACGAAUAUAGCUAUUUAAAUUAAUGUUGAAAUUUGUCAAGCAACGGAAAACGUUUCUUUAACAACCUUAUCUAUACCCUGGUUUUGUUGAUAUUGACCUAAUUAAUUAUUAACAGUGUGGCAGGCAGUACAAAUACUCAAGUCGCGAAACUAAUUUAUUCGUAGCUAUAAGCCUUUAAAAAGCACUCGUGGUUGUAAUAGAGUUGUGAUAACUGACUAAUAGCAUGCACUUCCAUUAUUGAAGUACUGUUUAAUAAACUCGCAGGUCGUGUUUUAUUAGGUAUAAAGCCACUCGCGCUGCGCGCUCGUGGCUUUAAACCUAAUAAAACACUCCUGCUCGUUUAUUAAACGGCUUCAAACACGACUACAAAUUCAAUAGAUAUACUGCCUUACUAGUAUUCUUUAUAUAAAGAAUACUAAUGAGGACACGACUACAAUAGAUACUGCCUUAUUAGUAUUAAUAUAUUCUUUAUAUAAAGAAUACUAUAAUUAGGAGUGUUUUAUCAGGUUUAAAGCCACUGCACGUGACAUAUGGUUGAAAUACUUGUAUGGGACUUGCAAGGCUGUUUAUGUGACGUCUGUAAUUAAUCAUUCAUAUUUCAUUAAAUGCAAAGCUCAUAAUUAAUAAAAUGUUUUGUGGGUUUGGAAUAUGUAAUAUUGAUAAGUAUACCCUAGUUGGACUAUUAUAGUAUUGGAACCACUCAAAACAGAAAGGAAGAAAGCUAAGGCAAAGUGUUGAAUAAAAUGGGUCCCAAAUUACUUACUAAUAUUUUUUCAUACAAAAGCGAGAAAACAAAUUACAACCUUCGGGAAAUUUCAAUUGAUUUUAGUUUACCAAAUCCGCGCACUAUAACAAUAUGAAAAAUAGUUUGAUGUAUAUGACGGAGCAUGCCUUUGGAAUUCUAUUCUAAAUAGAAAUUGGAAUUCUAUUCCAAAGGAAAUUAGGGAAAGCAAAACUCUUUCUUCCUAAGCUUUUGAAAUAAAAUCUCUGCUCACAUCAGUGACAUACAGUAGAAUAAUAAGUAAAUAAUUAUGUGCCUGUAAAUAUCCUAAUGUUCGUAUCGCGAUCUAAAUGAUUCGGUAUUUGCCUUAAUUCUUUUAAAUAGCUCUUAAUAUCAUUCUUUAUGGAAUUUUUUUCUAUUUUUGCACACGCCCCUCGUGGAAAUCCGCUUCGGUUGACGGGGUCAGCGUGUACAAAUAAAGUUUUUAUCUACCGGGUAGCAUCCCAUGCAUUUGGGUUAUAUAUAUAUAUAUAUAUACACACACUUGACUAUUGCUUGUUGCUGUACCGUAUCUCUGACUGUAGCUGAGACAAUAGUUGAUUGAUUAAUUUUUAUCCUGCUAUUUCUUUUAGGUUCAGCUCGUUACAUAAAAGCCGAUACAUCCUUCAUUUUCUCCUUCUCCAAUAGAGACUACCUUGAACUUUUUAAAUCCCUAGUCUACCAAAACAACGCGAAUGCGAUGUAUACCAAUAACGGUUAUGGCCCUACAUUCGGAGGUGGUCAUGAUAUUUACAUUGCUAACAACGCUAAUAGUGGAACUUCCUACACCAACUUCGGUCACACCUACAAACCCCCCUCCGAUUAUAAGUAUACCACAAAUGCAGCCAAACGGUUGUUGGCAGGAUCCUACAACUUCACUCCUAGUGAUGUUGAAGUUUAUUAUUUUGCCAACAGCAAGUAG